AUGGACGAGUCUGUCGCUCUCGAUGCUCUUGCUGACACACUCACAAGACUAUCCACGAAUUCGUACAGUGUUGACCUCCAUGUGCAGCACAUUCGCCUGGCAAAGUCUAUGGAAGACAAGGAUCAAAUAUUAGUUGCUCUCGAAAUGGCAACAAACUAUAUAGCAACACCAGACGACGUUUGGCUACCUCUCAUUGACGCGAAAACUGCCGCGAAUGAUAUAAAUACGCCAGAGGGUGCACUGGAGGUGUUGGGCGUAUAUUCGAAGGCAGAGCAGGACUACAUGUCCUUCUCCAUUUUGCAAAAGCAUCUGGAAUUCCUAGCCGACCGUCACGAACACUUCUCUGGGUUGGAGGUUGAACCAGAUAGCCUAGGAGAGCUGUUUUCUGAUGACUGGACUCGGGAACUCAUGUCGAUUGUGGUUUCCAAAGGCGCUGGUGACAUAGCACAAAGUCAUAUACUUUGGGAUCAGUAUUACAACUGGGAACUUGAGAUACUGGAGAAGGCCUCGAUGGAUAAGAAGCCCCUAUUGGUCAACGUGAUUGAAAACAUCCUGCUCGCUCGUCUCCAGCAACCGCAUGCCAAGCAUCAGGACACCUAUCAAUCAUACUCCUCGUUUACAACUGCGCACAAGCCUCCUAGUGAAUACGAAUCGCUUCUCAUAUCUGCGUCAAAAUUGCGCUCACGAGCUGUCAAAGAAUAUGAGAAACGAGAGGCGUCGGAGAUGGUAUUGGCAGCUGCUGGAUACUCACUCGAUGCAUACGCAACCUACAUCGCUGCAGAGCGACGUCGAAGAGAUCCGGAUUAUUUCAUUCUUUGUGGAUUGUACGAACGCGGCCUUGCAGAGGCAUCAAGACGCCAAUUUGCUGGCGAGCUUGGCGCAGAACGGGCAACACAGAUGUUUUGGGUUGGAUACAUUGAUUUUGUGAAUUCACAAGGUCAAAGUGCGGAGUUUUGGCAACGUGCGACACGCAGCGCACCAGGCUCGGGCGAAGUUUGGGCACGAUACAUUCGUUUCCUGGAACGGGAACAAGAGUCCGAGGCCAGUACGGAUGAGAUGGAUGCCAGUCAGAAUGAAGAUAUUGAAGCUGCCUACGCUCGUGCACUCUCAACAACCCUGUUUAGUAGGGGCAGGAAGAGUGAUCCUGAAGUUGACGCUGACCAAAUUGUACCUUUGGUUCUCGCUCGUGCAGGCGCGGCAAAGCGCGCAGUUGAAGCCGGUCAUGAUGACGGGGAUAGUCUGACCACCCUCAUCAAGGUCGUGGAGGAUGGGAUCGCGAUGGUUCGCCAAGCAUCGAGCAGUGGAGAUCCCCGCUUCAGGCUAGAGAAGUUUUUGUCUGAAUUCUAUCUCAGUCUUGCGGACGUUCCGGAUGCUGCCGUGCAAUUAUGGGCUUCCACAGCAGCUCACUAUAAAUCGAGCUGGGCAGCUUGGGUGGCUUACACUGAUGUUCUCAUCCGCACAUAUCAUCAUGAUCUUGCUCGCAAAAACUUCCAAGAUAUGAGCACGAAGAACCUGGAUUAUCCAGAGGCCCUCUGGGAUGCAUGGCACAAUUUUGAACAUGCGCACGGGUCCCUUUCUUCUCUCGAGGAAGCCAUAUAUAAAAUCACUCAAGCAAGAGCCCAACUUGAAACGCGGAGAGCGCGGGAGGCCGAGAAAGCAUAUGCAGCAGCGGCAGCACAGUAUGCAGAGCAGCAAUCUGCAUCAAUGCCAACUGUUCCCGCGACAGGUGCGACACAAGAUUCAAUACCGAUUGCCAGUGAAACUAUGGAUGUCGACUUCCCAGCUCCAGCAGACACGAAAGGGAAGCGGAAAGCUGAGGAAGAACCCCUUGUUACUGAAACCAGUGGGGGCAAGAAGCCUCGCCUCGAAACUCCACCUGUUUCCCUGAAACGUGAUCGAGAGAACUGCACCGUUUUCGUUGCCGACCUACCAUCUGAGGCGACUGAAGCCGAUCUAAAGGCAUUGUUCAAAGACGCGAGUUGUGGCGAUAUCCGAGACAUCAAAUUCACCCGUAUGCCGGAAACACUAGUCGCAACGGUGGAAUUUCAUGAUAGGGACAGUGUGCCAGCUGCUCUUACCAAGGACAAGAAGAGGAUACAUGAGACCGAGAUCGGCGUGCAUCUAGCCUGGCGCUCGACGUUGUAUGUCACGAACUUCCCAGAAAAGUUCGAUGACGCAUCUAUUCGUGAUUUGUUCGGCCAAUAUGGCCUUAUCUUUGAUGUACGAUGGCCAAGCAAGAAAUUCAAAGCUACACGACGUUUUUGCUACUUGCAGUACACAUCUCCACCGUCAGCUGAACGAGCACUCGAGCUCCAUGGUCGCGAGCUGGAGCCCGAUCGCGCUAUCAGCGUGCUCAUCUCAAAUCCCGAGCGUAAGAAAGAGAGAUCAGAUGCAGAUGCUAAUGAGCGAGAACUCUAUGUUGCUGGCCUAAGCAAAUUUGCGACGAAAGAAGACCUAAGAAAAGUCUUUGAGACUUAUGGACCCAUCAAAGAAAUCCGCCUUGCGGAGGAUAAGAGCGGACAGUCCAAAGGGUUUGCUUUCGUCGAUUUUGAAUCAGAGACGGAUGCUCGUGCUGCGCUUGCUGCUAAUAACUAUGAACUGAAGAAUCGACGUAUCGCGGUCACUUUCACAGAUUCUCGUGUGCGUGCGAAGAACAAAGAGCGCACAGCCGAAACAGGUCUGGGCCGCCGCGCUGACGCUCGAAACCGUUCUGUUCGAAUUCGAAACAUUCCCUCGGGAACACAAGAAGGACUACUUCAUCAGCUCCUGGAGAAACAUUUUCUCGUUAAACGAACAGAGGUCUUCACUGCUUUGAACGAGGCAGUGGUCGAACUUGAAAAUCCUGCUGAGGCUGGGAAGCUACUGCUUAGGACUGAACCUAUCAUCUUGGGCGAGAAUGUAUUACAAUUUUCUGAAGAGCAGGCAGGGCCUUCCCAUGGCCAGCCUGCGGCACCGCCGCCAGCAACUGGGGGCAUGUUUGUACCUCGGGCAACUGGGUCUCGGCCGAGAGCGGGCCUUGGUCGCGCCCGCAAACCUGGUCUUGGUGCCACGCAGGCGUCAUCGAGUUCAAGCGCCCAGCCACCAGAGCAGAAGGGAAAGAAGGGGCAAGAUGACUUCAGAAAGAUGUUGGGUUAG